UUUAGGGGAACUUUUUCAAGUGAAAAAUGUGUUUUUGUUUUGUGCAGUGUCCCUGCACCUCAGAAGUCUGAGGGUGAUCGUCUUAUGGAAACCGUAGUGACGGAAACAGUGUUUGUCUAUGAACAAUCCAGGAUGCCUCUUUCCGACCUUGGCUGUGAGGUUGAGAGUCCUUUUACUGUAUCAGACUCUGAAACCACUGAAACCAUUGCUACCGAAGACGUUGCUGAAAGUGUGAUAACAAAUGCUGAUAACGUGCAUCCCAGUAUCAGCGGUCAGCACAAGGUCAGGAAAAUAUCCUUGGAUACUGAAGAUGAAUACCUUGGGCAUUGUGAGUCUGAAGAAAGUAGAGACAAAGACAAACCAGGAAGACCAAAAGAACCUGUACUCUUUGCAAAAGGAGAUCCUUCGUAUAUGAAAGGGUCUCCCGAGAGUGAAGAGAAAUUAUGGCAAGCUUCCUCUGUGAAGUCUGACAUUGAAUGUAGUCCUAAAAAAAUUGUAUGUCUAGGUGUUACAGAUAAAUGCCAAGAUACAAAGGACAUUUCUAAUAACUAUGUAGAGGUACCACCUGUUAAUGACUCUUCUAUUCCAAAGCUGGAUAAAGUUCUGGAGAGUCAAUUCCCCAGACAAAAUGAGGGGCUGAAUAAUAAAAAAUGCAAAGAGGAUAAUAGGCAAAAAUACGAGGAGAAGGUACAGGACUCCAAAAAAACUGACAAAGAGCACUACCGAAAGAAGAGACAAUACUCUGACAGUAAAGACCGGAAGCAAAGCAGGAGCAAAGCGGAUGAUCGUUCCUACAAAAGGAGGCGCUCUUGCAGCAUGGAAACAAAUAAGCAAUAUCAUCAUAAGCAGGAUUAUUGCAAUGAAGGCAAGUACAGACCUUCCCAUCAUGAAAGAAACAGUCCAAAUAAUGGCAAAAGCUCAGGAAAAUACUCUCGUUAUAAAUCCCGAAGCAGAGAAAGAACGGAACAAGACAGGAAUAAGUAUUACCAUUCCAAAGGAGAGAGGACUUGGAACAGGGAAAGAUACUACCAAGAUGAAUUACGGAGAUGGGAAAAAUGCAGAUAUUACAAGGAUUAUUACUCUGUUCAUGGAACAGGUGAUGGUAGAGAGAGGAAGUCCUCUCAUUUUGAUAAAGCCUUUGACAAAUUGAGUCAAUUCUACAAAUCACGUAGGGAUUAUCACUGCAAGAGCAGAUGGGCUCACAACACUCACUCCAGAGAGGAAGGAGCCCAUCACUUGAGUAGCCACAGAGAGAACUUCCGUCACUGUUCAGUACCUCAGCAGUCUGAAAAACACUCUCGGGAAGGGCACGCACCUCCACCUGCCUCAGCUCAUGCACGAUUUGACAACUCUUUCUGGGAAAAUGAGAAACUGAGGCUUGGCAAGAGGAAAUACGGCGAUGCAGAAGGAAGCGAAGCUGAAGUGGGAAAGAAACGCCGCAAGAUAGAUGACCAAAGAAAGAAAAAGAAGGUCAAGAAGAAAAUGAAGUCCAAAGAAAAAUAUCAAGAGAAGGAUUACAAGUAAGCAGGGAUUCCAGC